UACAAAACUGUUUCAUUGCUUUCACAUAUAAAUUCAACCUUUUUUCAUUUUAUUAUUAUACUUUACCAUAUCGUAACGUAUUCAUUGACGAGGACGAUUAUAUUUUACAAUUCUGUUUAUUAAUUACGCGUUAAAGUCUAAACCACUGUUGUUAUUUUAAGCCUCUUGUUUUGCUAUUGCGUGUUCUGCAAUCUAUCGUUCGUAAAUUCAUUAUCGAAUCAAUUUUGAAGGAGUAGCGCCGGAGAUUCAUAACAAUGGCGGAAGAGAUAAGCAAAAACGAUGUCGGAUUAACGUCCAAAACGAAAAGCUUCAGGUUAUGGCCUCGUUGGAUUCCCACUUCAGUGGAUCAUAUCAUCGCUGCCGAGAAGCGCCUUCUUUCCGUUGUCAAGACUGGUUAUGUUCAAGAGCAUGUUAAUAUAGGUUCUGGUCCUCCUGGCUCCAAAGUGACAUGGUUCCGGUCAUCCAGCAAUGAGCCGCGGUUUAUUAACACCGUUACCUUUGACAGUAAACCUGACUCUCCUACGCUUGUGAUGAUUCAUGGUUAUGCUGCUUCCCAAGGGUUCUUUUUUCGCAACUUUGAUGUGCUUGCCUCUCGAUUUAGAGUCAUUGCUGUUGAUCAACUUGGAUGGGGUGGAUCAAGCAGACCUGAUUUCACAUGCAAAAGCACUGAAGAAACUGAGGCAUGGUUCAUUGAUUCUUUUGAGGAAUGGAGAAAAGCCAAAAACUUGAGCAAUUUUAUACUACUUGGACACUCUUUUGGUGGCUAUGUUGCUUCUAAAUAUGCGCUCAAGCACCCUGAGCACGUACAACACUUGAUUUUGGUUGGGCCUGCUGGGUUUUCAUCAGAAUCAGAUGCAAAGCCUGAGUGGUUUACCAAGUUUCGCUCAACAUGGAAGGGAGCAGUUCUGAACCAUCUAUGGGAAUCCAAUUUUACACCUCAAAAAAUUAUCAGAGGUUUAGGUCCUUUGGGUCCCAACAUAGUCCGCAGGUAUACAAGUGCUAGGUUUGGUACACAUUCAACUGGGGAAAUAUUGACCGAAGAGGAAUCAACGUUGCUGACAGAUUAUGUUUACCACACAUUGGCGGCCAAAGCUAGUGGGGAGCUCUGCUUAAAGUAUAUUUUUUCAUUUGGAGCAUUUGCUAGGAUGCCCCUUCUUCUCAGUGCCUCCGAGUGGAAGGUGCCCACCACUUUCAUAUAUGGUUUCCAAGACUGGAUGAAUUAUGAAGGUGCCCGAGAAGCUCGGAAGCAUAUGAAGGUUCCAUGUGAAAUCAUCAGGGUUCCUCAGGCUGGGCACUUUGCGUUCAUUGACAACCCAACUGCCUUCCAUUCCGCUGUUUUUUAUGCUUGUCGAAGGUUUCUUACACCAAACAAUGAAUCUCUUCCUGAAGGGCUAACCUCUGCAUAGGUUGGGUCUUAAUUUUGUGCCCAUCCUGUCUAUAUUUUGUUUUUGUCUAUUUAAAUUUCAUAGUUGAAUUGUUUCAUUAAACUGGAAGAGGAAUGUUUAUAAAUUACAGCCAAUAUUAGAAAUAGUAUUAGAAGAGUGUUGGUUAACAUUCUUCUUUAGUGGAAAUAUUUGUAAUAGCAAUUUCAACAAAAACGAGUUAUAGGGGAAAUUUCACAACUGAAAUUUGUUAUGGUUAAAGCUUGGUGCGCUUGUGAUAAAUUUAUGUCGUGAAGGCAAUUUUAGGA